AUGUUAAAGCCACUCAUUAUAAAUAAAGCUUUGCACCCACGUGCGCUAGUAGGAACAAAUUUAGCUGAACUUCCGGUCCAUUUCAUGGCCAAUAAGAAAGCAUGGGUUACAUCAGCUGUUUUUCCAACGUGGUUCAACGAUUGCUUCGUACCAGAAGUUGAAAGAUGUAUGAUAGAAAUGGCUCUUCCGUUUAAAGUCUUGCUAAUUGUUGACAAUGCACCCGGCCAUCCUCAUUUAGAAUAUCGUAAAGCACAAAUAGUGUUUUUACCGCCAAAUACGACUAGCCUCGUACAACCACUGGAUCAGGGCAUAAUCGCAACUUUUAAGAAAUAUUAUGUAAAGUUAACUUUCAGCUACAUUUUGAAAAAAAUCGAAAACGAUGGAAUAAGUCUGACUGAAGCUUGGAAAAAGUUUUCAAUUUUAGACUGCAUAAACCAAGCUACUGCAGUAAUUGCUCAAAUAGAACAUACCUUAAAUUCGUGCUGGAAAGCGAUCUGGCCUGAAUGUGUAAUUAAUAGAAACGUAACCGAAAACACGUCCAUGUUAGUAUUAGAAAUUACUGUGCUAGCACAUCACAUCAGCGGAGAAGGCUUUGACACUUUCAGCGAAAAAGAUCUUGACGAAACGAUUGAGGACGAAACAAUCAAUGAUAGUGACAUUAUCAAUAAUUUGAUAAUUUGUGAAGACGGACAAGAAGAACCAGAUUCUAUGACAGCGGACAGAAUAUAUGCAGGGAUCCAGCUUCGCAGUAAAUUAGAAGAGCAUUUUGUUAAAAUAGGUACCAAUUCCGGAAGAAGUUUGAAAUUCCAGAAAGAGCUUCGUUCAUGUAUAUCUUAUUAUCGUGACGUUUACAAGCAACUGACCAAACGAUCGUCAUCGCUAGAACUUAUCACUGACUUUAUGGUCACAAAAAAUAAACCAAUUGACAUUGUAUCUUCAAGUGAUGAAAGCGUUUUUGGGCCAGUUCAUCACAAGAAGAUGCGCGUUUUGUAUUACGAUGUGUAG